CGGAUCGGACUCCCGGAGUAAGCGUUGCGGUUUCGCUUUUCUUUUGUCCCUCUUUCCACCCGUGAUAUGGGAGCCGCCGGCACCCAGCGGGGCGCCUGGAUCGGAGGAGGGGAGGCGGGGAGCCCGGCACAGGGCCAGAGCAUAGGGUGAUGAGGACUAUCCUCUCUGACCAGUGAUGGACACAACAUCCCCUCAACAUUUGUUGGAUGACGUAAUACACAGAGAAACGGAGGAACAACAGAAACAGGAGUUUCUUAGCUUGCUGGAGACAAUUGUUCUGAUCCUCUUUCUCUCCGUUAUUAUCAUCAUGACAGUGUUUGGUAACCUGCUGGUCAUGGUGGCACUCUGCAAGGAUAGACAUUUAAGGAAGAAGAAGACCAACUACUUCAUCGUGUCGCUGGCGUUUGCCGACCUGCUGGUGGCGCUGUUGGUGAUGCCCUUCGCUGCGAUCGAGCUGACCACCGGAGAGUGGCGGUACGGAGAGAUCUUCUGUCUGGUCCGGACGUCUCUGGACGUCCUGUUGACCACAGCGUCCAUAUUGCACCUGUGCUGCAUUGCGCUGGACAGGUAUUACGCUAUCUGCUGCCAGCCGCUUGUCUACAGACACAAGAUGACCCCGGUCAGAGUGGCGGGGAUGCUCAGUGGCUGCUGGCUCAUCCCAACAUUCAUCUCCUUUCUACCCAUCAUGCAAAGCUGGAACGCCAUCGGCAUCGAGGACAUUAUUGAGGAGAGACGCUCCUCAGGCGGCUCCAACGACACCAGCUGCGUGUUCCUGGUGAACCGGCCGUACGCCUUGAUCUGCUCCACCGUGGCCUUCUACGUCCCGUUGGCUCUCAUGGUCCUGGCCUACCAGCGCAUCUACGUCACCGCCAUGACCCACGUGCGGCAGAUAGAGACCCUGCAGCGGGCCGGCUCUGCUCCCGUCUUUGGGACCACUCCGGUGGUCACCGUGAGGUCCUCCACUUCCUCUGACCCGUCGGACCACUACCACCUUCGGACGGCAGCGGGCGCGUCCUCCUCGGAGCACGCGCCCGCAGCGAACAGCCGCAUGCGCAUCGAGACCAAGGCGGCGAAGACGCUGGCGGUUAUAAUGGGUUGUUUCUGCCUGUGCUGGGCGCCGUUCUUCAUCACCAACGUGGUGGACCCCUUCAUCCAUUACUCAGUGCCCUGGCAGCUGUGGACAGCCUGGCUGUGGCUCGGGUACAUCAACUCGGGGCUGAACCCUUUCCUGUACGCCUUUCUGAACCGGGCCUUUCGGAGGGCGUUUCUGGUGAUCCUCUGCUGCGGCGAUGAGCGGUACGCGCGGCAGAGGAGCUGCUCCUACGGACACGCCCAAAGGGCGUACUCGGCUGCGUCGGCCAACGGGACGUCAAUGGCCCUGAGAUUGUCAUUCCUUCCCAAUCGGAGCUACAGCGACAACGGGCGGACGAUACUGGCUAACGAGCAGGAGUCCCAGGACUCUCUAGGACCACUUUGAGGAUGUCUGGAAAGAGCUUUGACAGCAUCAGCUGACAUGGAGGACCUUUGAGUCUGCUCACAGAUGAAGAGUUCUUGGCCCGUGUAAUGUCAACAGUCUGCUGUGAUCCGACCUGAGACUGAGACCGGGAUUAUCUCAGCUGGGUAUUCACUCCAUGAUCCAGAAUCCUCAUCAGAUGACUUUUUUUGCUGAUGCUGUCCAUGUUCAGAGGCACUCUUGCAGCCAUCUGAUGUGCAGACAGUCUGAUCUGGUGAACAUGCAACAUUGGUGCAUUCCAAAGGACUUGUUGUAUUGCGUCCAUGGAAUAAAACAUACUCAAUACUUUUUGAGGUUCUUAUUCUAAGUCAGACGUCAUGACCACAGGAUGCGAAGAUGAAGGUGAAGAUGAAGAGGUCAGAGAUCCAGCUUCUGCUUUGAAACCUCUGUUCCUGCACUCCUGCAUAGGUAUAGCAGAGGUACCUGCCAGCUUGUCACCCAGGUGACUGCAAAGCACAUUAGAUUUAAAGUGAAAUUUAUUGUAGAGCACUUAGUAUUAUUGUGUUUCACCAGCGUUGGCAGCACUCUGAAACAGCUGGACGUAAUGUCACAAGUAGAUGUUUCGGGGGGGUUUUACCCUUCAUUUCAUAUUCCAUUUUGAAAAAGAUGUAAACACCAAAGGCCCAGGAUGUGAAAUCCAAAAUUAGGGACUUCAAUCUUGCAGUUUGUGAUGAAAUAAAGCAUCAUGCAAAACUUCUAUCGUUGACCAUUGUCAUCAUGCGGACACUUGGUGCACUUACUUCUGGCUGAACGUUUCAAAUUUGUUGCAUUUUGUUUCAAAACCAGCAGUGAGGUUGUGUUAGUUUGGUGGUGCAGCUCUACAUCGCGGCAGCAAGGGGGAGAGCUUAGCAUUUACUGCAAGGAGCGAUAGAGACAGAGAAGGCUUGUAAAUGAAGGAGACAAUAUUUAAAGGAUAUCAAUAUAUUCUCCAUACAAACACAUACAUGUACUCCAAAACGUUAAAGCUUCAGGAAUCGGAGGAACAAAAACUGCGUGGUAAGACACAUCAUGACACAAAUGUAAAUGCGGAUAUCAAUUACAUGCAGAAAAAGCUCUUCACACAGAAAGGGUUGAUUUGGAUUUUGCUGAUGUUACUGAUGCGACUGUCCACCAAAUGUUUAGUAUCUACAUGCACCAAAGAAUUCUCUUGUUUGGCUCAAUGUGAAAUGUAAACAUAAUGUAAACAACAGCUAAUGGAAGGCAAGGAAUUAUCGUGAAGAUGGAGACCUGUGUUCAUCAAGUAUCUCAAUUAGAUUUAAUCUAUUUUCUAUUAUUUUAUUUUAAAAUGUUAUUACAUUAUAUUUUUCAGAUAAAAAAAACACAUUUUUUCCCCCUUGUCACAAAUGUAUAGACAACAACAACAAAAUGAAAGUAUUAGGAAUCAUCGUUGAGUAUUUUCAGCCACUGAUUUGGUGCUUCAGUGAGUAUUGACAGCAGGGCAGUGUGCAAAGAAUUAUCGCCACUCAAACAGCAUCAGGUGAUUUUGACCACUAGAGGUCAAUAUUCAUGCUCCUUUUAGUUUUAAUCUGGACACUUUUUCUAUAAUCCGUAAUUCUUUUUUGUUGCGCUCCCUGCUGUUUUGUGUUGGGCAUGUUGUUGUUGCACAAUAUCAGGUCGAUAUUGGUAUAAAGUAGUUUUAAAAAGGCCUUUAUCCCGAGCUGACUCUCCUCUGAUGUUUGACGCUUAAUGUCUGUCUAUCACAACAUGAUCAGGAGAGGGACACACGGAGGUGUGAUGCCAACUCAACCGCCUACACCUUGUCAUCACAUUUUCAUUUCUGUUUCUCUCUGCAUGUCUGCCUUACAAAACAGCAGUUGACUAAUCAUAUUUCUUUUUUUAUUUGCAAAGCACAACCUCAGAGUCCAACCUGAACCAGUCCUUGUAUUUCAUCUUUAACAAGUGCAAUGGAGAUGACAAAUAAACAGAGAAUUCGACAAUUACUGGAGUGCAGUGAUUCAUAUAAGCUCUUAUAAAUGUGGA